UCUCAAUUAUCUCCUAUAUAAACCAAAGGCGCUUUCAUCUUCUUCCAUCAACUUCACUUCCAAGCAGAAAUAUUUAUUCUACACAUCACUAGGAUUUCUUAGCCAAAUAACAAUCAAAUGGCGAAUCUAAGGAACUCAUCGGGGCUUGUUUUCAUCGCGUUGGCGAUGAUCUUGACAGGAGUUUCUGCUCAAUUGAGCAGUGACUGCACAAACGUGUUGGUCAGCAUGUCGCCUUGCCUGAACUACAUCAAGGGGAACUCUUCAGCGCCAUCCUCAGGAUGCUGCACGCAGCUUGGCACAGUGGUUAAGAACAAUCCGGAAUGUUUGUGUCAGGUCCUUAAUGGUGGUGUCUCCAACAUGGGACUCAACAUUAACCAGACUCAAGCUUUGGCUCUUCCUGGUGCUUGCAAAGUUCAGACUCCAUCAAUCAGCAAAUGCAAAGCCGGGUCCCCAACUAGCUCUCCCGCUGGAACACCAGAUUCUCCAAAUACAAACGCUUCAGGAAGUGGAUCUGUACCAUCAUCACAAGGUGGUUCCAAUGAUGCAAGUUUAACCAAGAUGAUCGGUCUUACUUUCUUCUUCCUACUCUUCAUUAGCUCUUAUGCUUCAACAUUCACCGUGGCUUAAUCGGAUCAUAUCAGAAGUCAGUUUUCCUGCAGAGACAGAGUGGUUACUGUAUUUUUGUGUUCUUUAGUUCCUCUGUAAAAUAUUGUCUUUAUGCAGAUACAUAUAUUAUAUAUUGUUUUGGAAUGUAUGAGCUGGUUACAAUAAAAA